UGAUAGGAUUGAAGCAAGCCACGAUAGCAAUGGCAGCACAACCGUGGCCACUAACACUAGCUCCCCCUUCACUUUCUUCUUCUUCUUCUUAUUAUUAUCUUCCUACCUUCCAACAUACCCACACAUUCUUUAGCAAUGGAGCAGCAUUCACGAGGCUCCGCCAUCGCCGAACCUCAACCACACUUUCCCUUGUUCCCUGCGUGGGGAAGAAGGAAGACACUGAUCUUCGUAUCUCCUCCCAGCUGGAACAACAACAGGACGAUGAACCAACUCCUCAAGACCUUGAAUACGUUGCACAAAUCAAAAGGGUUUUGGAGCUUCUCAAGAUGAACCGGGACAUGCUCUUCGGUGAGGUCAAAUUAACCAUAAUGAUUGAGGACCCUAGAGAAGAAGAGAGAAGAAGAUUACUUGGCAUUGAAGAUCCUGAUGCCCCAACAAGAGAGGAUCUAGUUGCUGCUUUGGAAGAGGUGAAUGAGGGGAAAAUUCCGAAGAAUAAAGUUGCUCUCCAGAUGCUUGCAGAGGAAUUGGCUUCAUGGCCUAAUUUAGAGGCUGAAGUGCUUAAAAAAAAGCCCAAAAAAUCUCUCUAUGCAAAAGCCACUGUCACUGGAAUCGAUCCUCAAGUGGCUGCAAAGAAAUUGAACAUGGAUUGGGAUUCUGCUGCUGAAAUUGAGGAUACAGAUGCUGAUGAUGAGUCAGAAGUGCCUCCAGUGGUGGGCUAUGGAGCACUAUACUUAGUUACGGCUUUCCCCGUUAUUAUUGGUAUUUCAGUAGUUUUGAUUUUGUUUUACAAUUCCCUCCAGUAAGAACUGGAAUCCCACUCAAAUUCACUGUAUAAUCUUACAUUAUAUUAAAAUGAGUUAGUGUAUCAUAUCACCGUGUUCACCUAACAUCAUCACAAGGUUGUUAGUCUAACUGCAUUACAAAAUUCAUCUUUACAAGGAAAACCGCUCAUAAAAAAUAAAAUAAAAUAAAA